AUGAAAUUCUUCGCGGCUUUAUUCUUUGUUAUUGCUUUAAUAGCCGUCCUAGUUCAAGGACAACCGGAGGGUCCAGGAGCAUCUCCACCACCACCACCACCUCCACCAUCAAACUCAUCAGCCUCACCACCACCCCCACCAUCGGACUCAUCAUCCUCACCACCACCCCCACCAUCGGACUCAUCAGCCUCCCCACCACCCCCACCAUCGGACUCAUCAUCCUCACCACCACCUCCACCUCCACCCUCAGCCUAA